AUGCUGGAAUACUGUCUGCGGUCCCUCGAUCUGCAUCUCCUGGCCGAGCUGCCGCAGAGGUUUGUCAGGGGGCAGACGGUGAAUGCGGGGAGCGAUGGCUAUCUGUCCUGGCUCCUUGCUUGGAGAGGCAGCCGUGUACCCCGCAACAGCCGGUGCGUGGGGAUGGGAAGGCAGGGGCAGCACGUGGGCAGCCUCCGGCUCCACAGCAUAUCCAGGCUCCCCUCUCAGGCAUCAAAACAUGGAACACGGGAAAGCUCAGCUCUUGAUGAAAGCAGAAUACCAAACAAGAUGCCAAACAAUCUGGCUUUACAGCUCCGCACAGUACAAACGGAGGGGGAAAGAGCAGGAAGAGGCGCAGGGUCCAAGCUGCGUGCAGGAGAAGCGAAAUGCAAAAGAAUGAGGUUCCCAGUGGUUCUUGGGACACGGUCAGGAGAUGCAUGCCUUUGUCCGUAUGGAUUAAUGAAUCGUGUCGUACAUGCAGAACUGGAGAUGGGCACGCUUGCCUGGCUGCUGCUGGCACAUGCAAUUUCUUCCCAGUUAUCAGAAGGAGGUUUCCUAUCCCCAAGUUUGCUAAACCAAAGGCCUUUGAAAUCUCUUCUGUUCUCCAAAGUGCAGAAAAUGGCAUUGAGUGAAGGCACAGAGUUGCUGCUGGCUGUCAGAGGCACAUGUGAAAUAUUCCCCUUUCCUGUGACCCAAGUUCCUGACAUCUGGAGUUCUUCCACAAAACCCGUGGGCGUAUUUGACAGUUACUGGGAUUUUGCAAAGAGAUGUCUACAUUUUGGUCUGUGUGAACGUCUGUCUCGGCUGGAUGGUUUCAGAAAACUUUACACAGCCCCAGUAGUUUCUGAAGGGAGGCUUCUCCGCAUUCUUGGUAUGGCAUACGAUGUGCCAUCACUGGAACAAGACGUCAGAGCUUUUCAGCUGCUGGGUGUGGCAUUGCUCCUCCAGAAGGCUUUGCUUCAGUCGCCCGUUUCAGCUCUCUCCACGAGAGUUUUUACUCUGCUUAGGGGAAAAUCAGUUCUCCAAAGGGAACUCAAUAGCAGCAUGGAUCUUCUGCCAAAUAUUCCUAAUUCUGGGACUGUACCAGGAAACUUGUGUGGGUCCCGUUCUGCUCCUACUAAAGUCAAAGGUCAAUGGAAGCUUUGCCGAAGUAAGGCUGCAGGAUUUGACCACGGGUUUGCUGCACAGCGUGUAUUGCAAGGUCUGGUAUUGUUUAACUCUACCUUGUUUGUUUUGAGAGACAGUUUGUGUAAAGAUGUCUUAUGGGAUAAUGUUGUAAUAGACCGUGUUACUGGGACAAGGAAAACUCUCCUUUUUAUUGCAAUAUGUAUAGCUGUGGGUGUUGCACAAGUACCCAAACAAGCUGUUGUAACUGCACCAGAUGUGCAGCUUGCACUAGAGACCGCUGUGGGAAUAUUAGCGUCCCAAAGUGGUGGAGCAAUAGAUGUUCUUCAUCAACUAGGCCUUGUGAAAGACAUUCAACAGCCCUCAGAGACGACAGUGCCCUCAACAUCAUCUCUGUUACCUCAGGGUGUUCGUCUAACCGUAUCAGGAGUUGUACUAACUGGUGAUGCACAUAUUGAGUCCCCCAUCGCUCAAGUCAUACCAUCAAAUCUAGGGCAUCAGUUCACCAUAUUAGUUGGGUUGUACUCUUACAGAGUAAAUAACGCUUUCCUUUUCAGUAUUAGGAACAAAAGUAGACUGCAGUUUGGUGUCCAGUUGCUACCGAGAAAGGUAGUGGUGUACACUGGAGGGAAGCAGUCUGUAUACUUUGAUUAUAGUGUUCAUAAUGAACAAUGGCAUUCAUUUGCCAUUGACAUUAGAGACAAGGCUGUCUCGGUAUUUGCUGAGUGCGGAAAGAAGUACUAUAGUAGGGAAAUACAUUCUGAAGUGGAGACAUUUGAUUUGGAUGGUUUAUUUACCCUGGGAAGGAUGAACUCUCACUCUGUCAGCUUUGAAGGAGUUAUAUGUCAGCUAGAUAUUAUUCCCUCUGCAGAAGCCUCUGCAAACUAUUGUAAAUACGUGAAACAGCAGUGUCGCCAGGCUGAAACGUAUCGAUCUCUGCUAGGAGCUCCACAUGUGUCAGAUGGGCUGGAUGUUUUUUCAAAGAUGACGACUGAUGAGAAAAAACAGUCAGAGGGCGUAUCAGCUUAUAGAAAGGAAGUAACGUCAAACAUUCCUGUAACCAAUGUUGCUCAGAUUCACUUUCUAUCAGAAUACUUUGAGUCAAGAAAUGUCUCUGCAUCGGAGUUUCCAGAGGCCAAACCUCUGCUGCUAGAAGCUUGGCCUGAAACAGAACUCCAGGAAAACGUCAAUCUGCCUCUUCAUCAGCAGGAGACGAGCAAAAAGAAAAACAUCACUAAAACCCCCGCAGGAUCAUAUCCAAAUACUUUAGAUAAUGCCACAGAAGAUGCAGGCAGACAAAGUGAGCCUACUCUGAUCUCCCCUGUAAAACAGAGUAAAGCUAAAAGCAAGGGAAUGGACAAAGCAAAACAGCAUUUAAAUGAACCAAGCACAAAGCAGCAAAUCAUCAACGCAACCCUGUACGGUUUGCCUGCUGACCUCUCGCUGGAUAAUCAACUCAGUCCAGGGCAGGAAGGUGCAUUUGAUGCUGAUGAGACUUACCACACGGACAACAGUUAUGACGUUGGUAUAGAUAAUUAUGCUUAUGACUAUGAAGAUCUUGACAAAAUGUUUGAAAUGGGCAGUGUCAGAGGUCCAAAGGGGGAAACUGGACCUCCUGGUCCUCCAGGUCCUCCAGGUUUACCUGGUCCAUCAGGGAAGAGAGGUCCUCGGGGUAUUCCAGGACCACAUGGUAAUCCAGGUUUGCCAGGAUUGCCAGGUCCAAAGGGCCCUAAAGGAGACCCAGGAUUCUCUCCAGGACAGGCAAAACGUGGUGAAAAGGGUGAUCCAGGCCCCAUAGGCUUUCCAGGCCCACCUGGGAUCAAAGGCCAGAAGGGUCUUAAGGGUUAUCUGGGACUGCAAGGGCCACGGGGUGAGCAGGGAAUUCCAGGAAUGGCUGGCAAUAUUGGGGCAGUUGGUUACCCUGGCAGGCAGGGCUUAGCUGGACCAGAAGGUAACCCAGGUCCUAAAGGUGUAAGAGGUUUCAUUGGGCCUCCAGGUGUGGCAGGACAACCAGGACCCGAAGGAGAAAGGGGCAUCCCAGGCUUCCGUGGAAAAAGAGGUCCUAAAGGGAGACAGGGUUUUCCAGGUGACUUUGGAAAUAGAGGCCCCCCUGGUCCAGAUGGGAAUCCUGGAAUUGUUGGUGGUGUUGGUCCUCCUGGAUUUCCAGGACUAAGAGGAGACAUCGGGCCAGCAGGACCAAGCGGACCAUCAGGAAUUCCAGGGCCCACGGGUCUCCCAGGGAGUGCGGGACAGCCUGGAAUGAAAGGUGAUAAGGGUGAACAUGGCCUUGCAGGAGAGCCAGGAGACCAGGGGUACCCGGGAGACAAGGGUGCUCUUGGUUUACCAGGACCCCCAGGGAUCAGAGGAAAGCCAGGACCCCCAGGGAAAAUUGGAGAUCCUGGAUCGCACGGACCAAUGGGUCCUCCAGGACCUGAGGGUUUUCCAGGAGAUAUUGGUGUACCUGGAUUAAAUGGCCCUGAAGGUCCUAAGGGACUUCUGGGUGAUCGAGGGCCUCCAGGGCCACAAGGCCCCAAAGGAGUUGAGGGAGAAGUAGGACCACCUGGACCUACUGGAGGAGUCGGCCCAAGAGGAAAGCCAGGACAGAAAGGUUAUAUAGGUGAUCCUGGACCAGAAGGUUUAAAGGGAGAACAAGGAGAUCAAGGAAACCUUGGAAAAACUGGUGAAGCAGGAUCAGCUGGCUUACCUGGAGAAACUGGGCCAUCUGGAAGCCUUGGUGAAAAGGGAGAGCGAGGCAGUCCAGGACCAGUAGGUCCUCCUGGAGAGAAAGGUGCCAUGGGCUACCCAGGACCUCCAGGAGGCCCUGGACCUGUGGGGCCAGAAGGAUUACCUGGACCUUCAGGGACAAGAGGACCACCAGGGCCACAGGGACCUAAGGGAAGAAGAGGGCCAAGAGGUCUAGACGGUCCUCUAGGAGAACCAGGAACACAAGGCAUUAAGGGUUUGCUUGGGCCUCCUGGAACCACAGGAGACAGGGGACCAAUGGGAGAGCCAGGUCCAAGAGGACAACCAGGGGAUGCUGGCCCUAUUGGAGAAAUGGGGUUUGAGGGACCUCCUGGCCCUGAAGGAGAACCUGGCCUGCAGGGAGAACCAGGUGCAAAGGGAGACGUUGGACCUGCUGGGAAGGCUGGAGAACCAGGCGACCAAGGUUUAAGAGGUGAACCAGGACCUCCAGGAGAAGAUGGUGUUCAAGGAAAAGAUGGCCCAAAGGGAGACCCUGGAGACCAGGGACUUCUUGGAGAAGUUGGUGAAAAAGGAGAGAUGGGCUUACCAGGAAUUGCUGGACCCCCUGGUGAACCUGGUGGUCCUGAAGGAACACCAGGAAAUCCAGGUCAGAGGGGCCGUUUAGGAAAGAAGGGGGAAAAGGGGCAGCUUGGCCCUCCUGGAGAAAUUGGACCUGCUGGUGACUCUGGCCAACCUGGAGAAACUGGUCCCAAAGGUGCAAGAGGAACUCGAGGUCCCUUGGGACAUCUAGGAGAAAUGGGACCUGAAGGAGAGUCAGGAAUUCCAGGUUAUGGGGGUCACCAGGGUCCUCCAGGGCCCCCAGGGCCCCCAGGACUCAAAGGAGAAAAGGGUUACCCAGGUGAAGACAAUACAGUUCCUGGACCACCUGGGCCCAUAGGUGAACCAGGUCCUAGUGGUGAACGUGGAGAUAGAGGAGAACCUGGUGAUGAGGGCUACCAGGGUCAUAUAGGUCUUCCAGGGCUUAGAGGACCUAUUGGACAACAGGGGCCUCCAGGAGAGCCAGGUGAAUUGGGAGAGCAAGGACCAAAAGGAGAAAGAGGUUCAGAAGGACCCACAGGGAAGAAAGGAGCAACGGGUCAGGCAGGCAAACCUGGAAUUCCUGGAAAGCCAGGGCCAGCAGGCCAGAAAGGAGCAGUUGGGUACCCUGGACCAGAAGGCAAUCCUGGNNUCCCUGGCAAGCCUGGGCUGUCAGGGAAGCCUGGCCCUAAGGGUACUAAAGGAAACUCAGGCUUACCAGGUCUGGCAGGUUAUCCUGGAGCUCGAGGUCCCAAAGGAUUACCAGGCAUGCCAGGGCCCAUGGGAGCACCUGGACUAAAGGGUGAGAAAGGGCUUCUGGGUCAUCCAGGAAAGCGAGGCAAAAGAGGCCUUCCAGGAUCACAGGGUGACCAAGGACGAGCAGGAGACGCUGGACUGAAAGGACAGACUGGAGAAGAUGGAGAUCAAGGUUUGAUGGGGUUUCAAGGAUUCCCAGGUCCAAAAGGUCCUGCAGGCGACAUUGGCUUAGUUGGAAUUCUGGGCCCAAAAGGUCCAACAGGCCAAGUUGGAUAUAUUGGCCCUGUUGGUCAAGAAGGCCUAACAGGCCGAACUGGCAGGCCUGGACCAAGAGGUGAGAAGGGCACAAGGGGUGAAAUGGGGCCUCAGGGACCUCAGGGCCAGCCAGGGCCACCUGGACCACCUGGACCACCAGGACCAAGAAAACAAGUGGACAUCAAUGCUGCUGUUCAAGCUUUGAUUGAGUCAAAUGCUGCACUGCAGAUGGAGAAAUACCAGAAUACUGAAGUAACUUUACUAGAUCACAGUACAGAGAUAUUCAAAACGCUGCACUACCUUAGCAAUUUACUGCACAGCAUCAAGAACCCCCUUGGCACACGGGAUAACCCAGCACGCAUCUGCAGGGAUUUGCUUAACUGUGAACGGAAAGUGGCAGAUGGAAAAUACUGGAUUGACCCAAAUAUCGGAUGUCCUUCUGAUGCUAUUGAAGUUUUCUGCAACUUCACUGCAGGUGGUCAGACAUGUUUAACGCCGCUGUCUGUGACAAAGCUGGAGUUCGGCGUUGGAAAAGUGCAGAUGAACUUCCUUCAUUUACUGAGCUCAGAAGCAACCCAUAGCAUCACAGUUCAUUGUCUGAACACACCAAUGUGGAGAUUAAAUAAAGUAGGUGGCCAGAAAACGUCUGUUAGCUUCAAAGGAUGGAAUGGUCAAAUAUUUAAAGCAAAUACGCUACUUGAACCGAAGGUGCUUAUGGAUGAAUGCAUGAUGGAAGAUGGCAGCUGGCAUAAGACACAGUUCUUUUUUCACACUCAGGACACUAAUCAGCUUCCAGUUGUUCAAGUUAACGCACUUCCUCAUCUCAAGCCAGGACAGCAGCACUUCAUAGAAAGUGGUUCAGUGUGCUUCCUUUAAGGUUCCUGUCCUGGGUUUUUUUGCAUCAACAUGGAAUUGCUGCAUAGAUAGAAUGCAGAAGUAAUGAUCCACUGCAGGCAAAAUUAGUAGGAAACUGAAGAAUCGUUUUGAACAGUGUUGGUUAAAGAACCUCAGGAAGAA